AUGGGUGAUGUAAUCAAUUGCACGAGAUUUCUUUGUCGAACAAAUGAUUUGGUUCCAUUACCCUCAGAACCAAUAGAGAUUCCUCGAAUUCUUCCUAUUUCCAUUGUAUAUCGUCUUGGAUCUCUUUUGAAUGUGUUUGAAGAUAAAACAACUGAACAACAUGUAAUGUAUGCUCUGAAAGAAACCGUUCAACAAUGGAGAGAUCAAGGAAUACAUAUUGACUUAUUUGAUUUCACAACGUAUCCGAAAGUAGAUGUAUUUCCAUCUCAAUACGUUAUCUUUUUGGAGUUAAUCGAUGGACAAGAACAAAAGAUUAAUGAUUAA